CGUCGCCCUGCGCGCCGGUCUCGGGCCCGCGUCCGCCCAGGUUUCGGGGUAAAGGAAAGAGCCCUGCACCGCGCCGUGCUCGCCGACGCCCGCGCCUCGGCGCGGGGCGGAGAACAGCUGGGGCUGAGGCCGCUGCGGGCUCGCAUCCUCCGCCCUCGGCCGCCGCGCUCACGGUGAGCUCCCACGCCUCGCGACUCCCGCCGCCCCGGACUCGGACCCGGGGACGUCCAGCCUGCAUUCCCGCUCCUCAGCCUGAGACGCUUGAAAAGUGACAGGCAGGUGUUGGCUACCCUGAGGCUUUUUAAAUAAUCCUCCCAGUCGCCCAGCGUGAAGCACUCUUCCGGAUUCCUGCGUCGAUUGUCAUUCGCAGAGCACGUACUUUGUUAUUCCAGAAAUGAGCGGUGGCUUGGCUCCAAGUAAGAGCACGGUCUAUGUCUCCAACUUGCCCUUCUCCCUGACAAACAAUGAUUUAUACCGGAUAUUUUCCAAGUAUGGCAAAGUUGUGAAGGUUACAAUAAUGAAAGACAAAGAUACAAGGAAGAGUAAAGGUGUUGCGUUUAUUUUGUUUUUGGAUAAAGACUCUGCCUUAAACUGCACCAGAGCAAUAAAUAACAAACAGUUGUUUGGUAGAGUGAUCAAGGCGAGCAUUGCUAUUGACAAUGGAAGAGCAGCUGAGUUUAUCCGGAGGCGAAACUACUUCGAUAAAUCUAAGUGCUAUGAAUGUGGGGAAAGCGGACACUUAAGUUAUGCCUGUCCUAAAAACAUGCUUGGAGAGCGUGAGCCUCCAAAGAAGAAAGAGAAGAAAAAGAAGAAGAAAGUCCCCGAACCAGAAGAAGAAAUUGAGGAAGUAGAAGUGAGUGAAGAAGAGGGGGAGGACCCGGCUCUGGACAGUCUGAGUCAGGCCAUAGCAUUCCAGCAAGCCAAAGUUGAAGAGGAGCAAAACAAAUGGAGACCCAGUCCAGGGGGUCCCUCAACCUCAGAUGAUUCUAGACGACCAAGGAUAAAGAAAAGUGCAUAUUUCAGUGAUGAAGAAGAACUUAGUGAUUAAGAUUGUAUUUAUUUUGUAAAUAUUAUUCAAAUAAAAUCUUACAGUACCAAAUGCA